AAGUUGCUAUAUAUUCCCGUGGACGUUCUAAUUUUUUUCUAUAUUCUCAGAAAAAAAAAAUGGCAGACAAGCCAAGCAGAUCACUGGUAUUGUACGGAGACGGGUUGGCCCGUCUCGUAAACCCGACCCUUGACCAUCUCCAUUCUUUCGCUUCUCGGGCCUCUUGUGGCUUCUUGUCCCUCCCUCAUGCCCCUUCUUCCGGUAAAAUUAGGAAAGCUUAUCGCUUAAUACUGAAAGGGAAAAAUGAUUCUACGGUUUUGGUUCUUGCCACCAUUUUUUUUUUCCGCAAGUUAACCAGGCAUUUAUCCUUUGAGUUCACUGAACCAUGUGAUGGAGAAUUUUUGGAAUGUAGUUGUGAUCUAAUUUUUCCCACACGUGCUCUAUCUAAUGUGUUUGAUUACAGGCACCACUGCCCAAUGUUAGUUGCUCAGUGGCAGAAUGCUGUAACUCGCAAGGAUAUGGUCAAGUUUUUCUCAUUUAGGGAUUUUAAUGAGAAUGGUGGAAUUCUUACUAUCCCAGCCGAUAGGUUUCUACAUGAAGUAGCAUUUAAACUCUGGAAAGCUCCGAAAUAUGGAGCAUAAAGUAGAAUUAUUUGUGAAGAAACGUAGAAGAUUCUGAAAUUGUUUGGGAAGCAGAAGCCCUGAUAAUAAGAGCAAAGUCUAUAGAAUAAGCUGAAGAUAAAUGAUCGGAAGAGAGGUCUGUGAAUGCUGGUUUCUGAUGAUUCUGAUAAUUUAUUUUCUUUCUCCCAAAUAUUGUGAUAAUGAAUUUUUAUUUCACUAAUUUUCAUCUAAUCUUGAAGGAAUCAUCUUGAUAUUACCUUUUGACGA